UACAAUCCCCUUCGUGAUUCAACCUCGAUGGCAAAAUGGAUGAAAGUCGAUGGUGAGGAAACAAGUCGUGAUAAUAAACUGGAUACAUCGUUGGGAACAGAUUGGUAAAUUACGCGUCUACUAGUGGUCUGAUUAUGUGGCCGAAUGUUAGAUAACGGUAAUCGUGUCGCUUGAAACCGAACGCGAAGCCGUGCGUUUCUUCGUUUGAGAAUCUACGCUCAUCUACGGUGGCUACUGGACGGGCGGGCAGCGGGCAUGUAAAACGCACUUGGCAGCACUGGUCCUGCUCGAUCUCAUCUGCGAAACAGGUGCUUUUGACAAAAUAUAAGUGCCCCCGAUCCGAUUCGAUAAUAUACCGUUAAAUCGGAAGCCAGCAUUGAAUCCCCGAUUCGAUUCGCGAUCCACUUCGAACUGUGAACCAUGUCUAAGAGCAAACUUCAUCAUCAGGUUGACAGCAGUAUUGUCGCAGUAAAAAGCAAAUUCGAUGCAGAUAUCAUUAGAUUCUCGAUUAACCGUAAUGAAGCCAUUAGUUACGAGGAUUUUAGAAAGUUACUGGCCGAACGACACGAUAUUGGACCAGACUUGAGCUUUCUGAUAUGGUACACCGAUCCGACUGAUGGCGAUUUACUGCCUAUUAACAAUGACAAUAACUUGGCGAGAGCUUUAAAUGCUGCUAGGCCACUACUCAGAAUUUGCAUUCAAAGGAAGGGAGAUGGACUGGAAGAUAUAAAUGGAUAUGGGACGAUGAAACCAAAAAAUUUAAUAUCCAGUAUUCUUGGUGGCACGCCUGGAAAGCCAAAGUCCUUGGCUAUAUCUAAUCCGCACGAUUUUAGGCAGGUGUCAGCGAUAAUUGACGUAGAUAUAUUACCAGAGACUUGCCGCCGCGUGCGUUUAUUGAAACACGGUUCUGACAAGCCAUUAGGAUUUUACAUUAAGGAUGGCGAGAGCUUCAGAAUAUUACCGCCAUCCGCAGGUGGUGGCAUAGAGAAAGUUCCGGGCGUAUUUAUUAGCAGAUUGGUGCCGGGUGGCUUAGCAGAAAGUACAGGACUCCUAGCAGUGAACGAUGAGGUUCUCGAAGUAAAUGGAAUAGAAGUUGCUGGGAAAACUCUGGAUCAAGUGACGGAUAUGAUGAUUGCCAAUUCGUCGAAUCUUAUAAUCACGGUGAAGCCGGCGAACCAAAGAGCGGCGUUAGCUGCUCCGAGACGCGGGUCAUUCUCGCGUAAUAGUCAAUUGUCUUCUGGGAGUCACCAGUCGACGCAAAGCGCAGCGACUGGCAGCGACGAGGACGCGGACGAGAUCGUCGAUUUAACUGGAGUAACACUGCAAGACGACGCGACCACUUCCACGUCACAGCACCAUCACUAUCACCAUCACCAUCAUCAUAACCAGAAUCAUUUCAAUCACGACCAAGGUGUCCUGCAUUUAUAAACGACGUAAGGUGUAAGACUCGGUUUAUAUUACGUUAUGCUCAAUGAAACAUUGGCUCGGAUAUUCAUCCACGCAAAGGAAUUAUUUAAGAACGUAACAUGACAAUAAGAAGUUGAAACACUCAGGCGAAAUGAACGUUCCGAAUUUUUGCAUGCAGAUGAAUAUUUCGUCGCACGAUUCUAACUUACUGCGUUUUAAUCGGUGAGUCAUUCUUUAACGUUAUCGCACUGACCAAAUUUUUAAACUUAAGUAACAACAUUGAACGUGUUUCAUUAUUUCUUAGACCGAUUAUAAAUGCGAACAUAAGGUGUAAUUGCAAAGCAUGUUUUCUGUUUGGAAAUUAAGCUUCUUGUUUACAUUUAACAAUACACAAUUUUCUGUUCUAAUAUUUUUCGUAGGUAAAAAUAUGCAUUAACAGUAUUGGAACAAAAAAUUUGUUCAAAUCAAAAUAAGUAUCUACAUAUCUGUAGUGUUUAAACAUUUGAGAGAACAGAACGCGUACAUUCAGUCUAGUAAAAAGAGUAUGUCGUGAUAUAAUUAUUGACUGUGUAUAAAAAAGUAUUAUUGGAAGGCAGCAAACAUUUUGCAAGUAUUAAAACGAUACUUCUAGUACUUAAUAUACAAAACUUAAAGUGUACUUAACGAAUGGCGGAGAAUAAUGAAAUGUAAACUAAGAUUGAAAUUCGAAGAAAUAUUGUCUCGCUCCUUGAAACGUCUAGUAUCUCCAUCAGUUCUAAUUAAAUUCAUCGAAACUUAAA